UAUAUUUUAAAAUACAAAAAAUCCAUUCUACUCGGGCUAGAUCUUGUAUUCUUGUCAUCAUUGAUUUAACACUUGUUAUUCUUGCACUGAUGUAAAAACAUAACAAUGAUACUUUACGUUGUGGAUUGGAAAGUGCUCUCUCAUGAAGUUCAUGAGCAUCUGUGAUGGCUUCAGUUACUCCUGAGAGGGCAUCAAAUCUAGAAAUAGCUGAUUCAACUCGAAACAAUUAUAGUGGACAAGGAGAUGGCUUUCAACAGAUGAAGAAAGAAAGUAGUUGUGAUGAAAGCAGUGAUAUAGCUCAGGAUACAGUGAGAGUUACAUCAUGGCAGAGGUCAUCAUUUAAGCAAGUGUAUAAUACUGUAGCAGAAAUAACAGUUGAACCAUCAAAUAGCGAGGAGCCUGAUGUGAAAGACUUUUUCAGAGUUCUAAGAAAUCAUCGCCUUCAAAGUAAAUUAGUGUAUGUUUUGACUGUGGUAGCCAUUGUGGCUAUUUCUCAUUUUGUUCUCACUGUGAAAUGGAUUUUACCUUACUUCUACACAAUAACAACUCCCAUCUUACUAGUGUUGAGGCUCAUACUGUAUUGGAAAAUGAAAUACCAAUAUUUUUUAUUAGAUUUCUGUUAUUUUGCCAACACUUACUGGUACAUUUACCUUUGGCUGGCUCCACAACAUGAAUUGAUGUUUGUUGUUGGCUAUGCUGUAGCCAAUGGGCCUUUAAUAUGGGCUUUGCUUGUGUUUAGGAACUCAUUGGUCUUUCACAGUCUGGAUAAGGUCACAUCAUUGUACAUCCAUUUGUUACCAACUCUUUUAUCUUUUGUUAUCAGAUGGUAUCCAGAAGAAACCUCAGAACAUUGGUAUAAACCUUUUCCACGUUAUGAAGUUGGAUACUCUUUCUUCUGGCUUGUGUUAAUACCAUUUGUUUUUGUUUUAGCUCAUCAGGUGCUUUAUAUAGUUUUAGUCAACUGUAUUCUUAGACCAAAUGAUGAAUACUUAACUAUGUAUCGAUACCUGACUGCCAAAGAGUCAUCAUUUAUAUUUCGCAUGUGUAACAUCUUUGGGCCUAGAUUCCGUAUCCAGCUGUAUGUUGCAUGGGGUCUAUCUCUUGUGUUGAUUAUGCUUCUCUUCAAUCCAGUCUGGUACAACUUCUUCAUUCCCCAUUGUGUGGUGGUCUCAGUGUCUAUCAUCAUAGCCAUCUACAAUGGUGCUACCUACUACUUGGAUGUGUUCAGCAUUGAGCGCAUGAGCAGGCACAGGAAUGGUAAUCAUGAGUCUGCUUCCUCAGGUGCCAAUAUUGCCUACAAUAACACUCAAGAGAAAGUGCUGUAUGGGGCACUUGUAAACAGUGAUUUGAAAGAUGGUGUUCAAGAUGCUAAUAAAAGUUCAAAUUGAGCUGAUGAAUAUGUGACAUUAGUAUUUAUUGUUGGGCUCCAUAAUUUCUGCCCUUGUUUUGCAAGAUUGUGGCUGCUUUCAUAUUUUGGAGAUGUGUUAUUUUAAUCUUUGUGAUGAUGUCCUAAGAAACUGUACAGAAAUCAGCUCAGUGAGUGAAAAUAAUUUUUUGGUGCAAUCUCAUCCCAAUUGGAAGAAUCUUUAUUUAUGCUUUUUUUUUUUUGCUUAUCAACUUUUUAUUUCACUAUUCUUAUUUUGCUAUUACAAUAAAAAUAGUUAACAAGUUUACAAAAAAUAUUGAUAUUUUAAUGUCACUCAUGGGACAUUUUGAGGCAUGAAUCAUCAAUUAACUAAUAAAAGCUUCAAAAUUUACUACUCUUUUCAUAGCCUGAUUAGUUUGACAUGAAAUUCUCAUGAAAAUCUAGUUACAUUGUAUUGGUUUGCAUUGUCUUUUUUAAACUAUUCAGGUAUAUUUCUAUAUUUUUUUUAAUAUAUAAAAAUUAUAUUUCAACCUACUUAGUUUACAUUUAACAGUCAUCUUAUUUAUUUAUAUUUAUUGAUUUUAUUUUAUGUGCUGUGUAAUGCAUUGAAUGUAUUUUCUGAAUUAAAAUCUAUCCAAACAAUUUUAUCUAUAAUGUUAGUUCACUCAAGACAUUUUUGUUAAUAAUCUAAAAGAUCUCUUGAAAGCUCACAUUUAUAGUAUUAUUAUUUUUUUGCUGAUAAAAGUGAAAAGUGUUUCAAUAAUCAAAAUACUGAUUUUCAUGGAAGGGUAUUUUUUAAACUAAUAUUCUUAAUCUUCUCAUUUUGAGAACUGUAAAGAUGUUGUUCUUUUUUUUUCCCUCUAAUGAUUUCAGUUUACCAUUGUAAUCACAAAGCUUUAAUCACUAACACAAAUUUUGUAGUAGUUAGCAGUUUUGAUUCCCAAAGAAAAUGUGGUCAAAAGUCAAAAUACUCAACUGCUGGUUAGAGUCCUUGGUAAAGCAUCAAGGUUGAAAUAAUAAAACCUUUUCUUGUGUGAUCUAACUAGUGCAUAUCUAUAGAUUUAACUCGCAUUCAGAAUUUGUAUUACAGUUUAGGACCAACAUUUCACUACAGUACUAGAUUUUGUGUUUUCACAUGAUGAUAUUAUAUGGCAGAUUUUUUUAUUUUUUUUUUAAACUAGUCGGGUAUAUUUAUAUUUUUGAUGUAUGAUUCCUUUAUUAAACCAUAUCACAAGUUUUUUUUUUGUUUUUUUUUACAUAUCAUUAUUUUAUUUAAGAAUAGUUUUGCUUUGUUAUACUAAAAUAAAAUUGAAUCAGAACUUGUUGAAUCUCUAUUUUUAUAAAAGAAAUGCAUUAAUCACUGUAAACUUUUUUUUUUAUAUAUGUAUAAAUACAACUAUGUUAGCAGUGAAAUAUAUAUAUAUAGGACAAAGUAAUGACAUUAAAGAAGUUUCCAUUGUUUUCAACUUUUUAAAUAACAAAAAAUUGAGUGUUGGUUUGCUUUUCCAUUCCAAACACAUUGUCACUGUUAGUGUAGUUAAUGUAGUUAAGAUCUAUAUGAUUCAGUCUGAAGAUUCAAAUGAUUCAGUCUGAAGAUUCAAAUGAUUCAGUCUGUCUUUGGUGUGUUAUAAAACAAUUAAUUUGUGCAGUCUUAUGAUUGAUUUCUCUACAAAUUAGAGUUAAAUGAUAGGCUUGGUGUAUUAAGCUUAUGUUUGUUAGUUUUUAAGCAGACCAAGUAUAUUUUAUUUCACAAAUCCAGUGAGACAGUAUUACAUCAAUUGUAAAGGAUGAUAAUAAAUUACCAAAUAAUAUUGUCUGUAAAUUUGUUGCAACUUUUUAUAAUUAUUGUUAAUACAUAAAUGCUGCUAAGCUUGACAAUAUUAUGAUAAUAAAACAAAUGCUAGUUCAGGAAAAAAAAAUGUCCUGCUAAAUUUAAAUAAAACUGAAAAAAAAAAAAUAUAGGUAUAAUAAAAAACAAACAAACUAGAAAUCUUUAUAAUCCUGAGAAAUCAUAUGGUCUCGCUUACCAGCUAUUCUACCUAAAGAAUCAAGCAUCACCUAUUUUCAAAAUACUUUUUUCAUCUACUUAGAGUAACUGCCCUUAGGCUUUCAAUUUUCUAAAAUACAUUGUUCUGAGCUAGUACCUCAUGGAAUUUAUAAUUGAUCAAUGACUAUAAGGUAGUUUAAUCUUUACAUUAUCAGUUCUGUAGGGAAUUAAUAGUUCUGUAAUAAUAAUAAUAAUGUAAAGUAGUUUCAUCUUUUCAUUAUCAUAUUUUGAAAUUACAAGUUAUUUGUAUAUACUUUUGUGUUGUUGCAUUAUUUUCCUUUGAUAAAACAUCAUUCCACUGUUUAGAAUUUACUUAUGGUUAAAAGGAUAAAAUUGGUUAUAUAUUUGUUUGAUGAUUUUUUAAAAUCUGUUAUUCAUUACUUCAUGAGUUACUAAAAGAAUAACUUUUUUUUUAAAUAACAAAUCACAAUUUUUUUUGUUGCUUGCUCAUAAUUUUUUUUACUCUUAUAAUAAUUAUUAUAAAGCAGAAAGUAAGGCGUAUGUAUGUAUGUAAGUCCCACAUAGAAAUCAAAACCAUUUGACCAAUCUUGAUAAAACUUGACAUGAAUGUUCCUUACAUCAUGGCAGAGACUAUAGUGUAUGUUUAAUGUCCCUACCACUACCGGAGGGCCCUGAAAAUAGACAAAAAUACUUAAAUGUAUCUCUGUUUAAAAAAGGGAACAUUCUCCAUGUUUAUCAUGAAUCUAAAUUCAAACCAGUAGAUCAAUAAUUCCAAAACUUAGGCCCGCAGAUCGUUAGUCAUAUCCUUAGUCAUAUCCGGCUAGUAAUUAAUAAUACUUAGGCUUGGACACAAUGCCCUUCUGUUUUUGAUGAUUACAGUCAUUGAAUAUAGAGUCUGUCUAUGCAGGACAUUCCAUGAAACACUAUUUGUUGGAUCAUGAAUCAGAUCCUUCUUCAACAAUUUAGUGGUAGUUCAGUUUUGUUUGAAUAAAUAUGGUUAAAUAGUAAAUGUGACAUUGUGGCUAAUAGGUAGAACACUUAGCUACAUAAUAUACAUCUAUGGUUCAGAAUCCUGGUG